ACCAGCCGCGUCCUUAGCCUGCUGCGUCCUGUGCUGCAACCUUGGAAAAGCUGGUGGUGCGGCUCUCUCCACUCUCCAACAACCCCGACGCUGCUGCCGCAUUCAUCACCAUCCCUCUAUUCAUCGCCCGCCGGGAACAGCGCUGCCCUGCCUGCCUGCCUGCCUGCCUGCUGCCCUGCCUGCUGCCCUGCCUGCUUGCUGCCCCAACACUACCACAACGGAUCCCGCCCGUCGAACGCUUCCGCAAACACUAAGACUGCCCAGAGCCCGCUUGAGAGCGACCCACCCUCGAGCGGCGCGUCGCCGUUUACCUCGACAACCAGGCCUGCCCGCCUCUGCUCUGCCACCCUCCGCAGCACCAUCACGCUCUGCGGCCGCCGUGCACACCAUCACCCGUCGCAAUGGCACACCCGCAGUCAGAGCAGCCCUUCCUGGGCCAACAGGGCGACCCCUCGCCGGUCGACGGCCCUGACGAGGAAUUCCCGCCGCCUCCGCCCGCCCACCGCGUGCCCGUUGGCAUGCACGCAGACAGCCAGCACUUCCAGCCGCAGCGACCGUCGUUCCAGCAGGACCCCAACAACUAUUCCGACCUGUCGACGCCCGGCAGCGAACCGCGAGGAGAACCACUCGGCGUUCCCAGCCGGAGCCCCAACGCAACGCCCUUCACCGACCAGCAUGCCCACGACGGAGGCAUGCCGCCGCGAUCCAUGUACUCGAACCGGUCAUACGGCUCGCAAGUACCUCUUGCCGGCGCAGGCUUGUACGCAAGCAACCACUCACUACACAGCAUGAACUCCCCGCCGCACAGUGCUCCCUUCACCGACAACCCGUACAACCGCUACUCCACUACCCCGAUGAACAACGCCCACGCCAUGGGCCAGAUCAACCCCCACGAACUCGCCGACGACGACGACUGGGGCAUGGGACCAGAGACACCGCAGGCCAAGCGUCGAUCUCUCGUACCUGGAUUUGGUGCAUCAAGAGACGGCAGCAGGAAUGGCUCGCCAGGGUCGUCGAUUGCAGGCGGUGUCGCAGGAGCUGGGGCAGGAGCUGCUGCUGCUGCCGGUGCAUACGCUGUCAGUCGCGAUGGAAGCGGCAAGUACAACGCGGUCUCCAACAUUAACGGUGCUGGGAGUGCCAAUGGCAGUGGAAGCCACAUUGGAAGCCACCCUGAGCUGCUAGCCGAGAAGUCAGAAUGGCUGAAGCGUGACCACGCGAAGCGCAAGAAGCGGAUGUGGAUUGCAAUCGCUAUUAUCGCUGUCAUUAUGCUUGGUGCCAUCCUCGGUGGCGUGCUUGGUGCUCUGCUCAACAAGGGCGGCGGCCACGAUGGUCAACACGGCGCUGUCAGCGCUGGAGAUGUUGAAAACGACAACAAAGACGAUCUCAGCAAGGAUUCCAGUGAGAUCAAGGCGCUUAUGAACAACGCGAACCUGCACAAGGUCUUCCCUGGAAUGGACUACACCCCUCUGAACGCGCAAAGGCCGGAGUGCGUCACGGUGCCACCUUCGCAGAACAACAUCACCCGCGAUGUCGCUGUUAUGUCGCAAUUGACCAACGCUAUCAGACUUUAUGGAACCGACUGCAACCAAACUCAGAUGGUCAUUCACGCCAUCCAGCGUCUUGAGUUGACGGACAUGAAGAUCUGGCUCGGUGUCUGGCUCGACAGCGACAACUCAACCAACAAACGCCAAAUCGCCCAGACUUGGGACAUUCUCGACGAGUAUGGCUGCGACUACUUCAAAGGCAUCAUUAUCGGCAACGAAGUGCUUUACCGUGAGGACCUUACAGCAACCCAGCUGAUUGACCAGGUCACCAUCUUCAGGCAAAACAUCACCAGCCACAAGUGCGACUUGCCAGUCGCCAUGGCUGACCUUGGUGACAACUGGACUGCCGACAUGGCCACCAAGGUCGACAUUGUCAUGUCCAACGUUCAUCCUUUCUUUUCCGGUACUGUAGUCGAGAAGGCUGCAGCUUGGACGUGGAAUUUCUGGCAGACCAAUGACGUCGCAUUGACAGCCAGCAACACGGACAUCAAGCAAGUCAUUGCUGAGGUCGGCUGGCCGUCAGGCGGCGGUACCAACUGCGGUGGAGCUGCCACGUGUACCAACGGAUCCGUCGCUGGCAUUGACGAGAUGAACCAGUUCAUGGAAGACUGGGUUUGUCCCAGUUUGAAGAAUCAGACUGAGUAUUUCUGGUUCUCGGCAUUCGACGAACCAUGGAAAGUCCGCUACAACGAGGACGGGAAAGAGUGGGAAGACAAGUGGGGUCUCAUGGACGUAGACCGCAACCUCAAGCCCGGGCUUAAGAUUCCCGACUGCGACGGCGCAGCGCUGCCAACCUUCGAGUAGUUUUCGCUUCGGCGUUCGAUAAUUUAGCGACUCACAUUCAUUGAGCACUCGGCUCUGCAUGAUAGCUCGGCGUUCGGCGGCGUAUCGGUACGAAAGUUUUUGACAUGUUGGCGGCGACGUUACCCGCACGUUUCCAUCUUUGGCGAAUCUGUUUCAGGAAUACACAAGCAUGACUGGUCUCUUGCGUUAUGGCGUUUAGCAUUGGUGGUUCGUUUGACACAAUAGGCGGCAAGUGGAGGAUAGGGUUGUGUAUAUGAUACGAGGCAGCCGCGGUGUCGUUGGUGAUGAUGUACGUGGCAUAGAUUCGAUGGAGGCAUGCUAUGAUGCAGGUAUCGUAGCGGUGGAUUGUGUAGGUAGAUAGCAACCGAAGCGCAUAAUGUGCAUGGAUACGAAUGCAAAGAUAUACACCUC